AUGCUCAAAAUUUUGUUGAAUCUCUUGAUGUUGUUUGGCUCGCCGAUACUAUUGCUGCUCGUUCAAUGUGGUGGAAAGAAGAAAGCAAAAUCGGGAAAAUUGACAAGUGAAGGUGUUGAGGAAGGGGAUUCUGAAGAUUCCACAAAGGAUAAGAAGAAAAAGGGAAAGAAGGGAAAAGGUGAAGGCCUUCAUUCCGAGAUGACAAACUUUUUGGGUGGCAAAGAUCCAAAUUAUCAAACUUUGGCGGGUUUGAAUAAUGACGCAGUGUUUGGACCAGGAGGCGGAGAGGGUGGACCACCGAGAGCUCCAGCUCCAGGCUCAAAACCAGGAAUGGCCGGAACUCAGGAUCCCAACUAUCAGACACUGGCAGGUCUCAAUAAUGAUGCUGUUUUCGGAGGUGGAGCAGGCGGGCCUCCAAAGGCUCCAGCGGUCGGAGGAAAAGCUGCAACCAAUGAUCCAAAUUAUCAGACUCUCGCUGGACUCAACAACGACGAAAUUUUCAAGCCGGGCGGCGCUGGAGCGCCAGCUGGUCCAAAAGCCCCACUUGCUCCAGGUGCAAAAGCUGGAACAAACGACCCGAACUACCAAACUCUUGCUGGACUCAACAAUGAUGACAUUUUCAAGAAAGGUGGAGGUGGUGGCGGUGGUGGUGGACCUCCACGUGCUUCUGCUCAAGUCGGUGCAAAAGCUGCGACUCACGACCCCAAUUAUCAAACGUUGGCCGGGUUGAAUCAGGAUAUUUUCGGAGCUGAUAAGAAGAAGUUUUAA